AUGUCUAAGAACUCGGAGUUUAUCAAUCUGUCAUUUUUAUUAGAUCAUGAGAAGGAAAUGAUCCUGGGAGUCUUAAAGAGAGAUGAAUACUUGAAAAAAGUGGAGGACAAGAGAAUAAGGAAGCUGAAAAAUGAACUCUUAGAAGCAAAACGUAGAAGUGGGAAGACUCAACAACAAACCAACAGAGUCUGCGUUCACUGCCAGAGAAACCUGGGCUUAAUAUUUGACCGAGGAGAGCCGUGCCCGGCCUGCUCCCUGAGAGUGUGCAGCGAGUGUCGGGUCUCGGGCCUUGAUGGCGGCUGGAAGUGCACUAUCUGUGCCAAAGUCGCACAGUUAAGGAUCGUAACUGGUGAGUGGUUUUUUGAAGAAAAGGCAAAGCGUUUCAAGCAAGUCAAUGUUCUGGGCACUGAUGUAGUCCGACAGUCCAUCUUAAGAAGAAGUCCAGGAACUGAAGAAAUACAAAGUCAAGAGCAACCCCGCCGGGACCCAGAAAAGGCAGACACUUCACCUUCUGCCAGGCAAAAGGCCGGUCGUGACGGACCCAGAAGAAAGGGGUUUCUUCUGAGCAAGUUCAGAUCAGCAACCAGAGGAGAAAUCAUAACUUUAAAAACGGAAAGUGGGCGAAGCUACAGCUUGGACUUAGACAGCCAAAACUUUCGGAGUUUAAAGUCGGUCCCUGGUUCGGACAGGGGAAGCACUGGUUCAUCAGAUCUGAAUGACCAGGAAGCUGGCCCCGCAACCCCGAAGAGUAGCCGGAGCAGUGGUGUGACCCCCGUCACUCAGAGGUCACCAGCCCCAAGCACGCACAGUGUGACCUCAGUCAGCAUUAGAGAACGCGGUUUUGAAAAUUCCGUGGAUUUGGCUGCCAUUGAAAGCACGUGUGAGGACCUCACAAAGAGUCAUCGCAGAAACGUUUCUGGUACACCUUCCAUAGCGGUGUCUGAGAUCUCCCUCUCCUCAGACCGGAGUCGAUCUGAGUUAGAUCUGAGUGGGUCCUUUCCAGAAGACUUAGACAAUACUGCAAACAUAAGAAGCAAGUCUGUCCCUGGGGCUUUGGACAAAGACUUGGGCUCCUUGGAAGAGACUGAGGAAGGUGUUCAUGACUUAGCGUCCUCCCGGUUUUCUGCCAACACCCACAGUCUAGCAAGUGGCCUGUCAACUAAUUCUCAAGCAGGCUCUGACAGGAAGUGGACCUACCUAAAUGUCCCUGAUGCUGACUCAGACACUACCAGCCUUAACAGCAUGAUGAGUGUUUACAGUGAAACAGGAGACUAUGGCAACGUGAAGGUCAGUGGUGAAAUCCUUCUCCACAUCAGCUACUGCUACAAAACUGGCGGGCUCUACAUUUUUGUCAAGAAUUGCAGAAAUCUGGCCAUAGGAGAUGAAAAGAAACAGAGGACAGAUGCUUAUGUCAAGUCAUACCUUCUUCCUGACAAGUCCAGAAACAAUAAGCGCAAGACCAAGGUCAGAACAGGCACCAAUCCAGAAUUCAAUGAGACACUGAAGUACACCAUCAGCCACACCCAGCUGGAAACAAGAACUCUGCAGCUCUCAGUCUGGCAUCAUGAUCGAUUUGGACGUAACAGCUUCCUUGGGGAGGUGGAGAUUCCUUUUGACUCAUGGAACUUUGAAAAUCCAAAUGAUGAGUGGUUUGUGCUUCAGCCCAAGGUGGAAUUUGCUGCGGACAUAGGCCUUCACUAUAAAGGAGAGCUAACAGUUGUUUUACGUUACAUCCCCCCAGAGGAGAACCUGAUGCUUCCUCUAGAAGAAGUUCAAGGAAAGAAGACCUUCAAAAGGGGAAAGAAGAAGGAGUCACCUGUAAUCUCUGGAGGAAUCCUGGAAGUGUUCAUCAAAGAGGCAAAAAAUUUGACAGCAGUGAAGUCAGGAGGCACUUCUGAUAGCUUUGUGAAGGGCUACCUGCUCCCAGAUGAUAGCAAAGCUACCAAGCACAAAACUCUCGUGGUAAAGAAGAGUGUUAACCCUCAGUGGAAUCAUACUUUCAUGUUCAGUGGCCUGAACCCCCAGGACAUAAAGAAUGUUUGCCUAGAACUUACCGUCUGGGACAAGGAGCCCUUUUCCAGCAACAUCUUUCUGGGAGGAGUUCGUUUGAAUUCUGGGACCGGUGUGAGCCAUGGGAAGAAUGUGGAUUGGAUGGACUCUCAGGGGGAAGAGCAACGCCUGUGGCAGAAGAUGGCCGACAAUCCUGGGACUCCUGUCGAGGGUGUACUCAUGCUCCGGUCCAGCAUGGGGAAGUGUAGGCUCUGA